UCAACUGGUUCCUGUGGGGCUGCUGCAGCCUCAAGCAGGAGCGACUCUUACUACAAGUCGGUGACAGUAUUUGCUUUUAUUUUUAUUUUUUACAUUAAAUCGCUGAAAUGAUAAGUUUGCUGUGGAGGGGCAAGUUAAAUGUGUCUGCUCGCUGCGGUGUCAUUGAAGUGUAGCGUUAACUUGGACAGUAGCAGACUUUGGCUAACGUUAGCUUAACUGCUAAAGGGGAAGCAAGCUGACUGUAACAGAAACACCAAAACGGUGGUAUUUCUCUUUUUAAAUUCUUCAUAUUUGGACAGCUUUCAAUUCAACUCAUUCUCCAGAUUCCUCUUGCUACAACCGUUUUGGUUUUAUGAACAAAUUGGGUGUUUUGCCCGUGCACUUUCCCACUUCACUCGAAGCUAGCCCGCUAAGCUAGCUAACUGCUGACCUACAGUAUCAACAGUCGUCAAGGCAACAACAAUGAACAUCCUUCCGAAGAAGAGCUGGCACGUGCGCAACAAGGACAACGUUGCUCGCGUGCGGAGGGACGAGGCCCAGGCGGCUGAGGAGGAGCGCGAGGCCAAGCGUCGCGUGGAGCGUGCAGAGCAGGAGGCUCGUACAGAAUAUCUGAGAAGGAAAGCUCGAGCUGCUCUCACUUCAGCAGGAGAAGGGAGGCAUGAUGACGAUGUCGGUGAAGGAAGUGGAGCUCUGGAGCAUCUUAAUCUUUUUCCCCUGGAGGACUCCUCGGAGAAGAAGGGGAACGAGGAGUAUCUCAAAGAAAAGAAAGAUGAAAAGGAGAAACAGGAACGAGCCAUUGGCUUGCUGGUGUCUCUCGGACCCCAGCCAGGGUCUGAAGUCACUCCGUGGUACAUGAAGACCAGCAAAGAGAAAGAAGAGAGAAGAGAAAAAGAAGAGAGGAAAGAAAAAGACAAGAGGAAGGGAUUAAGUGAAGAGGAGAGAGAGAAGAAGGAUCGCAGAUUGAAGGAUAGUUUAGACCCACUGAAAGAUAUGAGGAAAGCACUGGCUGUAAAGGAGAGGAAAUACCACAACAGCAAGAAAACGGAAAAAAGAGACAGAGGGGAGAAGAGGAGCAGCGGAGAGAGCUCCAUAGAGAAGUUACGUGCCGAGCGCUUACAGAGGGAGGCUGAAGAAAGGAGGAGAGCCCAGGCCCUGCUCGACCAGAGGAACGGAAAAGGGAAGGAGCCAGGGAAGGAGGUGAACGAGAGAGAGAGGCCGUACAACAGCGCAUACUUUCCUGAACUUGCUCGAAAGCGCCAAAGACGGGAUCGAGAGAGCUGGAGGGAGGAAAUAUUAAAAUCAUGAACCAUCUUUAUUGGUUGUUCGAUGAGUUGGUGGACAAAUAUUGUGACCGGUGUGUUUCCAGAUGAAGCAAAUGGAAUUAAGAACAUGGGAAAUGUGUCACAGUAGGUUUAGAGCCACACGAAGAACAGAAGUGUAACCUGGUCCUGUUGUUGUCAGUAAGUUAAUAAAGGGGCAGCUUGUAGGCCACUUUUUAUUUAAUUUGUUCACCCAGAAAGUCAGAGGUCAGGUUCAUUUACCGUUAUCUCCUGCAGUGUUUCGCUCAUGAGCACGUCAGCAGGGCAGAUGGUCGUCAUCACAGGGGGCUUGAAGGUCAGGCUCUCGGCACAGAAAACACGCAGUGAACAACUGUUGGUAUCGUUUAUAUUAUUUCUAAAAAUCAAA